AUGUUUUCGUUUUUUACGGGCUCAUCCAAACAGACGCAGCAACAACCUGCCCAGUCCAACCAUAAUAACAACAGCAACACCUCUUCAACUUCUCGGCAAGCACACCCCAAUAGCAAUGCUUCUUCAAAACCUCUUCCCUCGGUUCCACCGCAAAAUCAACAAGAACAGGCUUUAUUCUCACAACAACAACAACAACAACGAAAUUCCUAUCAGUCUGCUCUCGUCUAUUUAACUGCCGAACAACAUGAUAUUUUGAGGCGAUUGCUCAUGUAUUCAACGUUGGCUUCUAUGAUGACCGAGAAAGAUGAAAAUACGAUCGCUGAGCUGGUAAAACAAUUCGGUAGCGACACCAAAUCAAUGAAAUUAUUGAUGGAUUGUUUGCUUGAUACUUUGGUGGGAUCUCGUGGACGUUUCGAUCCUCAAACCAAUUUCAUAUUUCAAUCCCCCAAAACUAUAACGGUUAUUUUCACAUUAUUGCCCUUUCUAUCCGAAGAUAUUCAAAUCGAAAUUCUGGAUAUAUUUAUUGUUCUUCUCGAAGAAUGCAGUAUUGACAAUAGUAUGGCUGCUUCUGUUGGAUUAGUUCAAACAAUUAAUAAUCUUUUAGCCAAACACCAGAAAUUUAGUUUGAACGUUAUACAGAAACUCAUUUACUUGAUUGGAAUUGUCGGAAGCUUUAGUGUUUCUGCAAGAGAAUUGAAAACUUUGAUCAGACUGAUGAGAACAAAAACUCCUGAAAAUGAAAGAAAGGCUGAUGAUGAUGAUGAGGGUCUUUCAUUAGAUAAGGACUUGUCUCCUCUGAUUUUGGAGGUUAUUAGAAAAAUGUCAAGAUAUGACUCUCCAUCGUCGUUUUUCAGUUUUGAUGGAAUUGAUUGUGGUAUUGUCUCCGACAACAUUUUAUUUCCUUCAAAUGGUUACACAUUCAGUUGUUGGCUCAGAAUUGAGAGAACGACUAAAUCUCAAUGUUACAGAUUUUUCAGCUUUUUCGACAAGAAAAUGAAUGGUCUAGAGCUGUUAUUUAAAGGAAAUCACAUGUGUGUACAGGUUGUUUCUGGUGGAAAAAAACAACAAAAUGUUACAUUUGAUUAUUUCUUCCAUACCAAUAGAUGGUAUUUUAUUUCACUAACUCAGAAUAAGAGAUUUAUGCUGAGAAGUGACAUUAUUUUAUUUGUUGACGGAGAACAAAAACAAACAUUUGAGCUCAAAUAUCCAUCUUUGGGUGGACAAGUCAAUUUUGCACACUUUUGCACAAAUAUUCCAGUAGACAACAAGCAAACCAAAGUACAAGCAUUUUGUGGCCAAGUAGGACCAAUUUCAAUUUUCGACAAAGUUUUCAGUCUGAAUGAGGUUCAAAAAAUACACAGUUGUGGUCCUGACUUCCAAUAUACUUUCAAAAAGGGUGAUUCUCAACCUCGAUAUUUUGAUUGGCCCAAUGCCGAGUCAUUUUCUCAAAAAUUGGUUACUCUCUACAAUCCUCGGUCAAGUACAAAAGAUUUCAAAUGCCCUGACAACUCGGGCACAAAGAAAGGUUUCUCCACCGAUGCAAGACUCUUACAAGGCACCUCUAUCUUUGUCACACAUCCUGUCAAAGAUACUUUAAAUUGUAUUGGUGGUGUUGAAGUAUUAUUCCCAUUGUUCAGGUUAUUGAAAAAAGAUUGGACUGUUGAUUACUCAAUGUGUGCUAGAACCAUUUCUCUCAUUACUGAAAUGCUUCGAAACAACAAAAAAAAUCAAGAGGACAUGAUUCAAAAGAAUAGUUUAUGCACGCUUGGUCACAUUCUUGGACAAAUACCUCCAGAGCAUAUUAAUCAUGAUACUUUAAAAGCAUUGCAAGGAUUGGUUGAGUGCUCUAGCGAUCCUAAGGAUCCAAUCAUCAGAGAAAUAUUUAAAGAAAUAUUUUUGAACUUUGAGUUGUGGAUAACUGUAGAUUUCGAUAUCCACAGUAACAUGUUGCACUUCCUUCAUGACGAAGUUUCUAAAAAUCCAGAAUAUUUCCACGAAACUGUUGGUAUUCAGUAUUUGCUCGAUGUGAUGCGAUAUUUCUUUUGGUACAAACCAGAGAAAGAACCUGAAAGAAUUUAUCAACCCACGGUAAGACCAAAAGAGGAAGAAGUUUAUGCGCUAAGACUGCAAUUGACUGAAAUCAUAAAAGCCAUGAUACGGUCUGGUAUUAACAAGAGUGAAGCAGAAUCUAUCAUGUCAUAUAUUGUGGACUCGACAGACGAAAAGCAAGUCGUUGAAAUUCUAAAGUGGGUCUUGGUACUCAUCGACGAAGAAGUCCCAAAUAUUAUUGAAGCUCUUUCAGAAGAAAAAAUCAUGCUCCCUCUUCUCAACAUGCUGACGAAUAACAAGAAGAAAAUUAGAAUAUUUUCACUCAAGCUAAUAGGAAAGAUUUUGGAACGAUCUAACUCUGAAAGAAGACAAAAGUUCAAGAAUUUAGGUUAUUAUUUGCUCAUGGAACAAUUCUUGUUGAGUGAAAACUGCUUUGAUGAGGAAACUUAUAUUGCUCUUCUUGAAAUUAUUCUUUGCAAGAUCAGCUUUACCAUUAAUAGCACAAUAUCAACAGAUCUUUCAAAAGGAGGAGCCAAAAUAUUGUUGCCUGACUUGUUGACUGCCUUUUUCAACUUGGUCACUACGAAAUCUAUUGACACAAAGGAGAAAGCAAUCCAAGAUAUGAGCAUAAUUCUCAAAUCCAACCCUUACAACAGAACAAUUUUUGGACAACAGUUUGGAUGGCAAAAUUGGGUUCUCUCAUUGGCCAUUCCUGACGCUGAUGAACCUGUUGAAAAAGCUUUCAGUCUUUUCGAAUCAGCUGUAGAUGUCGUCUCUGUCGUGUUGUCAGAAUUCCUUCAGGCACCAAAUGGUUACAAGCAAGUGAAAGAAACUCUCUAUCAGAUUGACAUCAUUUGCGACAGAAAGGAAAUUCACAGAACCUCAGCCUAUAUUAUUUUCUUUAAGAGAUUCCUUCCUUUUAUUGUAAAUCAGAUCAACAAUACGCAGUUUAACAAGGAACAAGACUUUUGGAGAAAUCUUUUCAGAAUUACUCUACUUGUGGAGAAUUUUAUUUUAACAUCUGAUGAUACAAAAUUUGAAUCUCCUCAACUGGAAGGAACAAUAAUCAAGUUAGAUAACACUCACAAUGAGAAGCUCUAUAUUGUCAAAUAUAUCAUGCAAGGUUUUGAUUACAUUAUCAAGAUGUCAAUCAAAGAUCCAAAAGCAAUGGACUUGCUGCAUUAUGACGGGUUCAAAAAGAACAACAAUCCUUUCAUUAUUCAAACCAUCAUGAAUAUUGCUGCUGAUUUAACCACAACCAAGAGUAACAUUCCAACUCCAUCCUUAUUUUUCGUCUUGUUUAGAUUACAACUUUUCCUUCUGUGUGAAUUAGAUGAAAAGGAAAUACAAGAGGCCAAACACAGUAUCCGAAUGUUGGCUCUUCUCAGUAAUGAUAUUAAGCACACUCGUGUACCCAAGCCCACAUUCAAAACAGAAAAUGACGAGAAUGAGAUUAGUCAAGCACGUGUUUUUUAUGCGCUUGCCAAACUCUUUGUAAAGAUUGAACAAAAGCAGUAUAGCUUAAUUCCCAUCAUCACUGCCAUUCUCAGAAAGAAUCAAAGAUCUCUUGCAGCCAUUCUUACCAAUCCAGUUGCUAAAGAGUACUUGCAAUCGGAAUUGGCAUGUAUUGAACAAGAUGCUGCCCAAGAAGAAUUUAUAUUGAGCCUUGAAUCAGAAGAAGGAUGGUUAGGCGUACGUCAAUCUCCUCCAUUCAGUGCCGUCUAUACUGAAGUUAAAAUGGAAGAGCAAAACCAAAAAGAGAAAAUUCUUAAAAAGAGAGAGCAAAAAGUGAAUGACAUUCUUAAAUUUAUUGAACGAAAUGCAUCAAAUGACAUACCCAAACUGAAGAAGGCAACACAGGAAGCAUCCAAUGCAAAGACCCACGUUUGUUUCACUGAGUUACAGAGAAUGAACAAUUGGAGAGAUGCUCUGAGAAGAAAAUCCAAAAUUGCACUCACCGAAUGGAGAAAACAUGAAGCUGAAUUCUUCUCAGGAACAGGCGUAUGGAUCAAGGAUGAGGAUAAGGAAGAUUUGUUAAUGUUUUUAGAUCCUACCGAAAACUCUAAGAGAAUGAGAAUGAGAGUUGUUAUGAAGACUGCCUCCAAAAACGAACGAAAUGUGUCACAAAAAACUGAAGCAGCUCAAGAGGAUGAUGAUUGGAGUUGUAGAAGUGAACUCGUGUCAUCCUUUGUUCAUACAUCGAGAAGUGAACCACAAAAAACUCCAGGCGAGGAUCAAGCAACAGCAACACCUGGCCAUGACGAUGAACAUUCGCUAGGAGUGAGCGAUGAUGAGGACGUAGUAUCUGAAGAAGAUGGAGAAGCAACCAUACCCAAUGAAAACGAAGAAUCCGACUGGGAAACCAUUAAUAAGGCUCCAAAAGAAGGUCUCCAUCUCGAGAGAGAAGAGGAAGAGACCGUCCUGAUUGUACCAUGUGAACUUGUGGUUUCAUUAGAUACCAUUAAGGGAACAUUUGAAAUUACUAACAAACACAUUUACUUUAUUGUAAAUCCUGAUGCUGAAACGAAAGAGAAGGAAAAUGUUGCUAUUGAAACACUCAAGGAAGCCUUUGAUCAGAAAUGGCCUAUUGAGGAAAUUUAUGAGCUCUACAAGAGAAGAUAUUUAUUAAGAUAUACCAGUAUUGAAAUAUUCUUCCUCAAUCGAACAGCAUUCUUCUUCAAUUUUGACAAGGCACACGUUGAUGCAGUGAUCAAGACCAUUGUGAAUCAAAAACCUCCAAAUCUCAAAUUCCAUGCUUAUAGUCUCACGCCAAAUGCACUUUUGAAGAAGUCCAAAUUAACUCAAAAGUGGCAACGGCGAGAAAUUUCAAACUUUGAAUACUUGAUGGGUCUGAAUACAUUUGCAAACAGAACUUACAAUGAUUUAACACAAUAUCCAGUUUUCCCUUGGGUGAUCAAAGAUUACAAUUCUGACGUUCUAGAUUUGAAUGAUCCAUCAAUUUACAGAGAUCUUUCAAAACCUGUGGGUGCCCUCAAUGAGAAACGUUUAAAGAACAUUCUAGAGCGAUAUGAAGCUUUCCAGGACCAAUCCAUUCCUAAAUUCCACUAUGGAUCUCACUACAGUAGUGUUGGUGUUGUAUUAUUCUUUUUAUUGAGAUUAGAGCCAUUCACAAGUUACAAUAUCAAAUUGCAAGGAGGUCAAUUCGAUUUGCCAGACCGGUUGUUCCACUCUCUUCCUGUGUCUUGGGAAAAUUGUAUGACUUCCAAUUCUGAUGUGAAAGAACUCAUUCCAGAAUUUUUCUACAUGCCUGAAUUUUUGAGAAAUAACAACGGUUUGAAUCUUGGUGUGAAACAAAAUAAGGAAGUUGUCAAUGAUGUUAUUUUACCGCCAUGGGCUAAAACUCCUGAAGAAUUUAUUCGAAUCAACAGAGAAGCUCUAGAAAGUGAAUAUGUCUCUAGUCAUUUACAUGAAUGGAUUGACCUUAUUUUUGGAUACAAACAAACAGGUGUUGAGGCAGAAAAAGCUCACAAUCUUUUUUACUAUCUCACCUAUGAAGGAUCUGUGGAUUUGGAUGCAGUAGAUGAUCCUUUACAACGAAAGGCCAUUGAGACACAAAUUAGUAACUUUGGACAAACCCCUUCUCAACUCUUCAAGAAACCUCAUCCACAACGACUUCCUAAACCAACAAUUCCAAAACCAGAAUGGAGGCCUAAUGCCUUUGUUCCAACCUUCUCAUCGAGUAUUGCUAGUGUGACAACAGGUGGAAAUAGUAAUGAUCUUUUGUUUGUACAGCACAUCAAGUCAGAAGAUAAGGUUGUGGUAGUAGACUGCAAUCGGCAACUCUUCCAACUCAGUAAGCUCAAACCAAAACCAACCUUAAUUGCCACUGUUGGAUCUCCAUUUGCGAAAGAUGAAAAUCCAAACUUCUCCAAUUUUGUGUGUAGCAGGGAUGGAAAAUGGAUCUUUAGUUGUGGACAUUUCGAUAAGAGUAUCAAGUGUUCUGCCAUGUUUGACAAGCUUAUUGUCAAACAAAGUAUUUUCCACCAUACAGAUAUUGUCACAUGUCUUGCCAUGACCUCUGAUGGUAAAUUCCUUGUGAGCGGAUCAGCAGAUGCCACUGUGAAUGUUUAUGGAAUUAAUUAUAUGAAAUUGAAACCUAAUGCACUUCGAACUCAAGUGAAAGAUUUGAUGGCAAACGUUAAUUUAGGAACUGCUGCAAGUGUUGUGGAUGACUUGCAAUUCUCUUCAAUCGCCAACAAAUUGCCAAUUCCAAUCAUGGUCACAAAUAAGGAUCCACUCACGGAUCAACCACUCUGUAUUCUAUAUGGUCAUGAAGCAUCGGUUCUUUGUGUAGAUGUCAGCGCUGAUUUGGAUAUUGUCGCAAGCGGUGAUACCGAUGGAUGUGUUCUGAUUCACACUCUCUCAGAAGGAACUUACAUUAGAACCAUUGAACAUCCUCUUCGCAAUACUCUUCACAUUGUGAAAAUAUCAUCAGAUGGACACUUGUUAAUGCAUUCUGAAACGGAUUGCAGUCUACACCUCUUUACCAUCAAUGGAAAACACAUUAAGAGUUUGGAUGUGAACGAUCGAUUGAAAUCCAUUGAAAUUACUCCAGAUGCCAAAUAUGCCAUUUGUGGAGGAAUCAAAAAACAAGUCACCAUUCGACGACUGUAUGAUCUUGCAGAAUUACACACUUUCGAAACAUGUACGAGUGAAAUUAAGGCCAUUACAUUGGCUCAUCCCACCGAUGACUAUUAUCGUGAAGUGGUUGUUGCUCUUGCCGAUGGCACUGUACAUUUCUACCCCAUUGAUCCUGAUCUCCUUGAUGCGCCACGAGAUGAAUAUGACAGUGACUCUGAAAAUGCACUCAAUCAUUCCUAUCAAUUAAUUUUGGAAUAUUUAAUUGCCAACCAAGCAAAAUGCAAUGUCGUCAACUCGGAAGGUCAUUCUCCCUUCUAUGUGGCCCUACAACAUAAUAACCUUCCUGCUGCUAAUUUACUUUUCACGGAAGGAAAUGCAAAUGUGAAUGAGGUCAUUGACAAGGAGGGAAACACUGCUCUCCACGAAGCUGUCAAGAAUGGAAAUACUGCCACUGUGAACUUUUUAGUGACACAAUGCAGUGCAGAUUUGAUGUAA